UUCGUCGGAUCACUAAUCGGUGAUAAAUCAAUAACUUUUUCCACAAGCAUCCAAUUGGCUUCUUUAACGGUGUUGAGAUAAUUCGAUAUUCUGAAUCUGCAUGUCAAACUGAGCCGAAAUCCAAAUUUUCAUGAAUUUCGGAGCCCGGGAACCUAUUUAAAAAUCAAUUUGAAGUUUGUAUGGGAGCGAUUUGUCGAAUCACCCCUUAUCGCAGUUUGUACUGGGCGGAGCUGUCAAACAGUUACCCAGCUGUCAAAAGGUGAUUUCAAAAAAUUUCUUUGAAAUUGAUUUUAGGUACCAAAAUAAGGUUCUAAAAAUCUGAAAAAAAUCAUAGUGGCUCAGAAAAAGGUGCUCUUUCGUAUAAAAUCGAAAAAUCAAUAUAUUUUUCUUAAUUUAAAAACCCAAUUGUUUUGCGGCCUUCGAAAGAAAGUUUCACAAAGGAUUUUUCUUCAAGAAGCGUUGAUCGAUUUAAAUUAAGGAGAUAAGGGGCGACCUCUGGGAUUUUUUGUUUGAAAGUAUAACUUUUCCCAUAGUAAAUCCUAUGCAAACUUUGAACCGCUUGCGCUAAAUUAUAGUUUCACCGAUUGCGCUGAAAUUUUGUACAGUUCAUAUGGGACCUAAAUGACAUCUAAAAAGUCGACUGGAGCGAGGAUUUAUUUUUUCCAUACAAGCGUGUCCCAUACUAUUGUGCAACCCUACCAGUAGUCUCUAAUGUGGUAUGAGCCUAUUUUCUAGUUAACCGUUCCUCAGGUUAUUAAAAAAGCCGUGAUGUGAUGUGUCGCAUGGUACAUUUGGUUACUUUCCGGAACAGGUUCCGGAGCACCACCGGGUCUCCCAAAUAUAGUCUGAGGCAAUAUCAUUGCUAACGUACAUCAGGUUACAUAAAAAAAACCACGAUUUGAUUUAUCUUAUGCAUGGGUACAAAUCACUUUUACAUUUGACCACUUCCAGUGGGACACCCAGAACUAGUUUCGGGACACUACUGGUUGUCUAAAAUAUGGUCUGAGGCUAUGUUCUUACGAAUCGAUCAUCGUGUUAUCAAAAAAGGGUCUCCAGUUGGCCUAGUGGUUAAGGCUAUGAAUCGCCAAUCCGGAAACGGCGGGUUUGAUUCCCGUUCCGGUCGGGAACAUUUUCUCGACUUCCUGAGCAUAGUGUAUCAUUGAACUUGCCUCACAAUAUACAAAUUCAUGCAAUGGCGGGCAAAGAAAACCCUUCAAUUAUGACCUGUGGAAGUGCUCUAAAGAACACUAAGUAGAAAAGAGGCAGGCCAAGUUCCAAUGCGAACGUCGAGCUAUAAAGAAGAAGAAGAAGUUAUCAAAAAAGCUGCUAUUUGAUGUACUGUCAAACCCCGCGUAUUCAUCACUCUUUAAUAAGACACUUUUUAACUUGUACCCCGCUCAUUCGAAAUUUGUUGAAUUAAAAAAAUGAUCAAAUGUCUCAGUGUAAUACACUGUAAAUACGAAUGAUACGAUAUUGUGAUGUUACUUACACCCGCAGCGGCUCCUCGUGCAGCUGCUACUUCCGAAAGUUCUAAUUUGGUGCAUUCCGACACCUGAUCCGUUUGGUGAUCAACCGCAGUGAACCUCGGAAGCCAACAAUCGUAAAAUGUAUUGUCUAUCCGGUUGGAAUCAAGACCGACAUUCAAUCAAAAAUUGCCAUUUUCUUGGUCCACAAGUGUCGCAACUGUUUCGCAUCUAGUGCGCUGUGUUGCUGACAACAACGGGAAGGAUGCGCACUACUUCUGACAUGAUUAAAAAACGUCGCGAGUUGGGUCGCGUCGCGACUUGAUUGUGCGAAGUCCGGUUUGGUGGCGGCCCGACAAUACAAGCUAUCAAUUCGUACCACAACAAUAUCUGUAAGAUUUGUGUUCAAAAACAAAUCAUACAAUCUUAACAAAACUAAAAUAGAGUUAGUUUAUCGAAUUGAAAGUUUACACAGGUAAUUUGACAGCAAUCAUUGUCGAAUCAGCGUGGUUUUAUGGUACGACACGCAUGGAUUUGAUUCAAUUUCACAUUUACAACUUUCGGUUCACAUUUUACCACUUACCGAUUGUCCCUGAUGUGUUUUUUUUGUUUUUAUUUAUGUGUAUUUUAACUAGUUGCUAAUUCUACACUCGUCCCUGAUGUGGUCUUAGACUAGUUUCAUGCAAAUUAUUAAUCAGUUCUCCUAAAAAGUCGCAAAUUAAUGUAAUGCAUGUAUGGGUUUGGUUCAUUCGUGCAUUUCGCCAGUUCCGGCGAGGCACUCGAAUCUGGAUCCGGAACAUUACUGACCUGAGACUAUUUUCUUGCUGACCGUUCUUCGCGUUAUCGAAGAAGCCGUUAUUUAGUGUGCUGCGUGUAUGCGUUUGGUUUUUUUUUUCUACAUUUGACCACUUCCGUCGGGGCACCUGGAACCGGUUUCGGUACACUAUUGGUUUUCCAAAGUAUGGUCUAUGAUUUUUUUUGUUAACCGUUCAUCAGCUUACCUAAAAAGUCAUUAAAUGUGUCGAAUUUAUGGGUUUGGUUCUCCUUUACAUUUGACCACUUCCGAUGGGGCAACCGUAAUCGGUUGCGGAACACUACCGGUUGUCCCCAAUAUGGCCGGAAAUUUUUUUUUUGUUAAAUCAAGUUCCCUGAAAAUCCGCGAUUUGAUGUGUCGCUUGCAUGGGUUUGGUUCCCUUUUAUAUUUGGCCAUUUCCGGCGGGACACCCGGAACCGGUUCUGGAUCGCAACCGAUUCAGAUAUGUUCUGAAAAUAUUUUCCUACUUACUGUUCAUCAAGAUAUCAAAAAAGCCACGAUUUGAUGUGUCCCUUACAUGGGUUUAUUUAACUUUUAUACUAUGCCACCUCCGGCGGAACAUCUGGAACCGGUUCCGAUAUGGUCUAAGAAUGCUUUCCUGCUAACUGUUCAUCAGGUUAUCGAAAAAGCUGUGGUUUGAUAUGUCACAUGCAUGGUUUUAUUUCCAUUUUAUAUUUGGCCACUUCCGACGGGACACUCGGAACCGGUUUCGGCACACUAUUGGUUUUCCAAAGUAUGGUCUAUGAUUUUUUUUGUUAACCGUUCAUCAGCUUACCUAAAAAGUCAUUAAAUGUGUCGAAUUUAUGGGUUUGGUUCUCCUUUACAUUUGACCACUUCCGAUGGGGCAACCGUAAUCGGUUGCGGAACACUACCGGUUGUCCCCAAUAUGGCCGGAAAUUUUUUUUUUGUUAAAUCAAGUUCCCUGAAAAUCCGCGAUUUGAUGUGUCGCUUGCAUGGGUUUGGUUCCCUUUUAUAUUUGGCCAUUUCCGGCGGGACACCCGGAACCGGUUCUGGAUCGCAACCGAUUCAGAUAUGUUCUGAAAAUAUUUUCCUACUUACUGUUCAUCAAGAUAUCAAAAAAGCCACGAUUUGAUGUGUCCCUUACAUGGGUUUAUUUAACUUUUAUACUAUGCCACCUCCGGCGGAACAUCUGGAACCGGUUCCGAUAUGGUCUAAGAAUGCUUUCCUGCUAACUGUUCAUCAGGUUAUCGAAAAAGCUGUGGUUUGAUAUGUCACAUGCAUGGUUUUAUUUCCAUUUUAUAUUUGGCCACUUCCGACGGGACACUCGGAACCGGUUCCGGGACACAACCGGUUCAGAUAUGGUCUGAGAAUAUUAUCCUGCUUACUGUUCAUCAGGAUAUCAAAAAAGACACUAUUUGAUAUGUCGCAUGCAUGGGUUUGGUUAACUUUAAUACUUGGCCACUUCCGGCGGGACAUUUGCAACCGGUUCCGGAAUACUAGCGGUUCCGAUAUGGUCUGAGAAUGUUUUCCUGCUUACUGUUCACCACGUUAUCGAAAAAGCCGCGAUUUGAUAUGUCGCAUGCAUGGGUUUAGUUCACUUUUAUGUUUGGUCACUUCCGGCGGGACACCCGGAACCUGUUCCGGGACACUACCGGUUCAGAUAUGGUCUGAGACUAUUUUUCUGCUUACCAUUCAUCAAGUUAUCGAAAAUGCCGUAGUUUGAUGUGCCGCAUGGAUGGGUUUGUAGCGUUUUAAUAUCUGGCCCCUUCCUGGGGUACCGGUCCGGAACACCUAAAUGGCCAUAACUCCGGAACGGCUGGACCGAUCUGAACCAUUUUCAAUAGGAAACAAUGGGACCAGAUUCCGCGUCGAAUGAACCGUCGGUCAAUAAAAUCGGUUGAGGUUUACUGCCAAAAAGUGAUGUGAGUUUUUUUGUACACACACAUACACACACACACAUACACACACACAGACAUCACCUCAAUUCGUCGAGCUGAGUCGAUUGGUAUAUAAGACUUGACCCCUCCGGAGGCUCUAUCAAAUUUUCGUUUUUGGAGUGAACAUAUAGCCUUUCGGUACACCUUGGUGUACGAGAAAGGCAAAAAUACUGAAUAAAAUCCAAAUGAGCCCUACACUGAAAAAAUCAUUUCUAAAAAUUCAAAGUUGAUUUUAAAAAAAACACCAUUUUUGAUUUUGAUGAAAUUUUGUCUCAAGACAGGUAAUUAUGUUCCCUACCAACCGUCCAUACAUCACAAGAUGGGCACUUUUAAGGAAAAAAAGUUGUUCUAACAAAAACUUUUUCAUGUCCAAAUUAUUAUUUUUUCAGUGUCUUUUUAUAAAAACAAACUAAACCAGUGAAGGUUAUCUAGUAAUCUCAAAAUGCAAUGAAACUUAUUGUGUCAUAUGCGACAAUGCAAUGCACCCAUAUUCACGCAGCAGCACUCUAGAAGUACGAAACAAUAUACAAUUAGAACACGCAUUUCAUACGUGCUGCUGUAAUUUCUACCCAAACGUUUCUACCCCAUGUUCUUACCUAAUAUUAGGUAAGGCUAUUUAUUAGAUUCGAACUACCUAAUCGAAAAAAAAAACAAAUCAAGAGUUGUACCUAAAGCAAAUAUGAACAAAACAAGAAAAUGAAUCGGUAUCAUUCAACGUGUUACUUCUCUUUGGUUAUUAAAGGCAGUUCUGAAAAGUAAUGGAUCAAUCGUAUAAAUCAAAAUUCAACAAAUUCAAGUGCAGUGCAAAAAUAAACAAUCCAAAGUGCAACCGUCAUAAUCUACGGGGCAUGUCAUUAAGAUUGAUAGAUAAAAUUCAUUCCAUGGGAUAUACACAUGAAAUCGACGAAUCGAUGAGUAUUUGUGAGUCAUGUCGUGGAUUGAUAAGUCACAACAGAAGCCCGAAUACGAAAAAACGUCGAUCGGAUGGAAACGACGAAACUAUGCAACCAUCAUUUAGUGGGCAGCAACAUCAUGAUGUUCCAGAACCAGAACCGUCAACGAGUGGUCAACAAAUCGAACAUGAGCUGGAUAUGGUACCAUCUAUUCCAUCAUUGGAGUCAAUUCCGUCAACAGAUCAACUACAGGGUCCCCAUAAUAUUGAGAAGUUUAAUACCAUUGCUGAAACAUUGAGUUUAUCGCCAAUCUCAUCUAGAAACAUGAGAAGUAUGGAAUAUCGCAUAAACAAAUCAUUGCAGAUUACGAAAGCAGUUCGAAAAAAUAUCUUCGGAAUAGAUUCAACGGAUGUUGGCAAAGUGGAGGCGUAUGACGAGAUAAUUAUGCAGUUAAAGGAUAAGUUCAAUCACCCUACAACUGACAGAAGCGAACAGAUUAAAAUACUAUCUGUACUUCCUAAGUCUUGGUCGGUAAAUAAAAUCACAAGAGAGUUUAACGCACCAAUGUAUAUGGCGAGGCAGGUGAAGGAUCUUGUUUAUGAACAGGGUAUUCUUUGUACCACCGAAAAAAGAAGGGGGCAUGGUAUUGAUGACGAUACAAAACAAAUAGUAAGAGAAUUUUUUGAUGAUAAUGAUAUCAGCAGGCCAAUGCCAGGAACAAAUGAUUUUGUUUCUGAGGUUCGAAAUGGAAAAAACAACAAGUUCAAAAACGACUUUUGAUGAUGUCGCUCAAAGAGGCUUAUAUGAUUUUUGAAGAUAUGUACAAAACUGUGAAUAUUGGUUUCACAGUAUUUACACAGUUGCGACCAAAGCAUUGUAUUUUACUUGAUUCUACUGGUAUACAUAAUGUAUGCAUAUGUACUAUUCAUGAAAAUGUAAAUUUAAUGUUCAACAGUAUAAGAAUUGUGUCACAAGAUGAAAUAAUACAAAACAUGCUUUGCGAUAUUUCCACCAGAACAGAUAAUUGCUUUUUCCGUGCUUGUGAAAAGUGUGCUUGUAAUGAACACAUUGAAAAGGAACUUACAUUGAUAUUAGAAUCAAAUGACAAAGAAGAAAUUAUAUUUCAGCAGUGGUUGAAUACUGAUCGCUGUAAUUUAGAAACGAUUAUUAAACCUGUUGAUGAAUUUGUUCCGUAUCUUGUUGAUAAAAUUGACAAACUUAUAACACACGACUUUAUUCAUAAACAACAAUCUUCAUUUCUCAGAAAUAAAAAAGAUACAUUAAAGGAUGAUGAAAUUCUUGCGAUUUGUGAUUUCUCUGAAAACUAUUCAUUCAUAAUUCAAAACGCUGCUCAAGGAUAUCAUUGGAACAACUCGCAAGCAACAAUACACCCAUUUGAAAUUUACUAUAUGAAAGAUAAUAAACUUGUAAAUGUUAGCUUCAUUAUCAUAUCGGAAGUAAUGGCUCACGAUACAGUUUCGGUCCAGUUGUUCAUCUCAAAAAUGAUAGAUUUUAUGAAACAAUUAACGAACUUUUCUAAAAUUUAUUUUAUGUCUGAUGGGGCAGCAUCACAAUACAAAAAUAAGAAGAACUUUGCUAGUCUAUGUAGAUUCCAGUCGAAGCAUGCAUUAAGAGCAGAAUGGCAUUUUUUUGCAACGUCCCACGGUAAAGGUCCAUGUGAUGCUAUUGGUGGCACUCUCAAGCGAAUGGCAAAGAGAGCAAGUCUUGCUCGAGAUUAUGGAAAUACCAUAACAACUCCACGAGAGUUAUAUAACUGGGCAGUUGUACAGACAGAUAAAAAUAUAACUAAAUUAAAUUUCUGUUACGUAUCCACUGAACAGUACAUUAAAAUGUCAGAAGAUCUCGAAGAAAUAUAUAAUAACGCCAAAACAAUACCAGGCACUCAGAAAUUCCAUAGUUUUUUGCCUAAGAAAAUACAUUUGUAAUAUUUUGAAGUUUUUUAUGUAUAUGAAAAUCCUUCCAAAUGAUUGAAUAAAUAACACAAAAUCUCCUAGAAAAUUGAGUUUCAUUGGAUUCUGGGAUUGUUAUGGCCUUCACUGGUUUUAUUGUUGAUAACAAAAUACACUGAAAAAAAAAAUCAUUCGAACAAGAAAAAGUUUUUGUUAGAAAAACUUUUUUUCCUUAAAAGUGCCCAUCUUGUGAUGUAUGGACGGUUGGUAGGGAACAUAAUUACCUGUCUUGAGACAAAAUGUCAUCAAAAUCAAAAAUGGUGUUUUUUUUUAAAUCAACUUUGAAUUUUUAGAAAUGAUUUUUUUCAGUGUAGGGCUCAUUUUGGAUUUUUUCAAUAUUUUUUUCUUAAAAUUUGACUUAUUUUGUGAUAAUCACCCAUACAACACUUUUUUGUAGGAGUAGUCAUUUUUUAUUAAAACAUUUUUAAAAAAUCCAUAAAAAAAGUUUAGCCCUUUUCAAAAGUCAGUCGAGAAAAAAAAUUAGAAAAAUGAGUAUGCAAAGUGGCUUAUCUGGGCAAGGUCUACACACCAAGAAAGUUUCGUUGUAAUCUGAGAGGGUGCUGCCAACAUUUGUUCGAGUUGGCGCGAAAUCCGUCUUUUGGGACGUGAAAUGUAGCAUUACAAGAGCAAUAAAACUAGAGAAUUUUAGUUUAUGAUUGAAUUCCUCAGAAGGUUUACUUUGAAUUCUACUAGCAUUUUUUGUAAGAUUUCUUUCAUGAAUUUCUGCUGGAAUACCUACCGAAUGUCCUUCUAAAAUUUCUGCUCUAAUUUUUUAAGGUAUUCCUCGUAGAGAUCUUCCUACUGUUUCUCUCGUUUUUUCUCAAAGAAUUCCUAACAAUUCUUGAAUUUCUUCAUGAGUUUCUCCAAAAAUGCCCCGAAAAUUGUUGUGUUUUUUUUUAAGUCACACCUGAAGUUCCAACAUGUUGUUUAUCGGAAAUUCUUCAUGAAUUUCUACAGAAAAUGUGUGGAGUUCCUCCAGGAAUGCCUUCUAGACUACAUUCAGAUAUUUUACCAGGAUUUCUUCCAUGAAUUUCUAUAGGAACCCCUCCUAAAGUUCUUCCAGUAGUUUCUACUACAGCUCUUUCAAAAGAACUUUCCGGAAUUCUUCAUGGAGCACAUACUAGAGCUCUUGCUGAUUUUCCUCCAGCAAAUUCUCUCGAUUUUUUCUGAUAUAAAUUCAUUGGUUCCUCCUGAAUUUCUUCUGAAUUUCGCCAAGAAUUUCUUCUGGACUUCGUCUAGAAAUUGUUCACCUGCAUACAUUCUGCCUGGCUAUACGGACUACACCCUGGAUUUUUCCAAAAGCUUGUUCAAAGAUUUCUCGAAAAAAUCCUUAUAGUGUUUCUGGCGAUGUUCCUCCUAAUAAUCAGUUAUCAGUAAGAAAUUUUCAAGGUAUUUCUUCAUAAAUUCCUCCAAGAAAUAUUUCUGGAGAUCUUAAGGUUGAAAUCCGGGGAUUGUGCUUAGAAUGCAUUCUGGAAUUCAUCUUAAUUAUUCUACUGAAGUUUCUCUGGAAAUUUAUUCUGAACGUCCUCCAGGAACAUCUUCUGGAGAACGCCCAGAAAUUUCUCCUAGAGUAUUUCGAGGGAUUUCACCACCAGUUUCUCCCAAAUCUCUCCCAGAAGGCUUAACUAAACCACUUCCAAGAACUUAUCUUGUAGUUUAUCCAUUAUUACCUCUUUACUUACUUCUAGCAACUCUCCAGGAGUUUUUUUAUGACUUUCAUCUGAAGUUCAAAAAACAUUUUUUCCUGAAAUUCAGACAUUGCUUUUUAUGGAAAUCCUUCUGGAGUUUCUCUAGAACUAUCCGCAGGACUACAUUCCACUUACAUUUUGGAGACCUCCUGAAAUUCUUCAUCAAAUAAUUCCUGAAGAUCCUUCAGAAACUCAAUAUUAAAUUACUCCUAAAAUUCUUCCUGAGAGUUCGUUUAGGAAAAAAUCCCUCUGACAUUCUCUUGAAAUUCUUGAAGAAAUUUGUCCUGGACAUUAUCCUGGAAUCGUAUCUGGAAUACACUGAAGAUUUUUUUACGACGAUAAGGGUAUCGCGUAAAAAAACCUCGUUAUUUAAAAAAAAACGUCGUAAAAAACUGCGUUAUUUGUAAAAUAACGUCGUGAAAAAGUCAAAUCACGGUAGAUGUGGACCUGACUAUCUUACGCGUGUUUCUAAAGAAAACGAAAAACGAAAAAAGAAAUAAAAAACUACUUAAAAAAAACUACAGUGUACAUCGUUUUUUUUUUUGAAGUUCCUUCUAAAAGCCCACCAUGGAUUUCCCUCGGAGUUCCACCUAGGUAAAGUUCCAGUAAAUUUUUUUUUUUGAAAUUUAUCAAUCGAUUCCUGAAAUUAUCGUGUAUUUUGUUAAAUAAAUUCUACUAGAAUUAUUCGUGAAUAUCUUCCUGAAAAUCUUUAAAAUUUUCUUCCCAAGUUUCCUCAGAAAGCCUGCUUGAAAGCCUCCAGAAUUUUUUCCUGAAAAUCAUCCAGGGACGUCUUUCAAACAAUUUAUCAAAAUCGUCCUAGAUUUUUUCCAGGUCAUUUUUCAGUUAUUCUAUCUGUUAGCCCCCAUAUUAUUCUUCAAAUAGACUUUCCAGGAAUUUCUUCUAAAGUUUUUUAAGAUAAUUUUGCGGAUUUUUUCCAGCAUUUUUUGUUACUGAUUAGUUAACGGCCAGCUGGAACUUAAUUGGAAAGCUUGUCCUCGAUUCUCUAAAGGGAUUUCCACUUGAGAAUCAUGAGGGAUUUCUCCUGGAGAUUGUUCCCUAAAGUUGUUCUCUUCGACUUUUUUAGUGGAGUUGCUACAUAAAUCUCUUCUGGAGUUGUUUGAGUAAGAUUUCAUGAAAAUUCUGCAAAUAAUAUCUCUGAAAUUUCGCCAGGAACUGUUACAUAAACCGAUCUUAGAUUUUCUUCUGAAUUUAUAUAGAAAUUCUGCUUUGAGUUACUUUAGGAUUUUUUUUUCAAAAGUUUCUUCAGGAAUACUUACCAAAGUUCAUAUAGAAGUUUCAUGGGAUUUCUAAUUCAUCAAGAAGUUCGAAUGCCUCUUCGUUGAAAUUAGUCCUUGAGAUUUUUUCUGGAACUUUAUAUGUAACUUUUACAAGAACUUCUUUUGAAUCACUCCAGGAAUGUUAAUGGUUUUUCUACAGAUUACUUUCUGGAGUUGCUCCAGUAGGUUUUCAAGGAAUUCGUUCAAAAACAUCUCCUGGAGUUGCUCUGGAAAGUUAUUUUUUCAGACUCUGUAGAGCAAUUUUCACUUAACAGUCUUGAGGUAUUUCUUCUGAAGAGUUUUUCCUUGAAGUUGUUCAAAACAAUAAUUAUUUCCUUUUUUUUAACCCUCUAAUAUCCAACCCCGCCUUUGGACGUGGUAUAGUUUGAGCAUUUUUGUAAUUUUUGUAUAGUAGGCAAUCAAUAUUUUUAUAUUUUUGGCUAAUAUUUAGGACUGUUCUGUAUACCUCAAAAUGUUUUUUGGUGUCUUUAAAACCGUAUUUACAUUAAAAAAAAAUCAUUGAAAAAUUGAUGUUUUGGUCACCUUUUGGAAGUCAUUGAUUAUUUUGUAUUGAAUAGCUACAAUCAACAUAUUUUAAAUUUUUCCCAAAUCAUUUAAUCGUAGUGAAGGGAGUCGAAUACACUGUUAAAUUAUUAUUCUUAAAAUUACACGGAGAAAAAAAAAAAUUAAAUAUUUCAUCAAUAGUUGUAAAAUCUCUUAAUGUUUUCGUCUCAAAAAAUCCGUCGCCCAAACAGGCUUCCAGGAAAAAUAUAAAAGUAUGGGAAUGUUUGAAAAUGAAAAUUAGAAAAAUCGAAAACCGAAAUUCACAAAAUCGAGAAUUAAAAAGAAUCAUCUUUCAAAAAAUGUUUAAAUCGAUUUUAGAUAACGGAAAAUGAUAUUUAGACCAAAAUAAAAAAUUUUGGUAUAAGAGGGUUAAGAAUUUCUUUCUGGAGGAACAGAAAAUAUUCUUGAAAAACUUCCAAGAAUUGCCAUGCAGUUACUUCAAGAAUUCCUCAUGAACCUGUCUAUGAAUUUCUCCUAGAAUCGCUUCCAGAUUUCUAGGAACUAUUCCAGCAAAUUCUACAGGAGUUUCUCUAUAAUUUUUAGCGAAGUAUUUCCUGAAGUCUCUUCUGGAUUUUUUUCUGAAGGGUUUUAUUAAACAUAAAAAAAUCACCUUAAGUUGUUCCAGAACUUCUACAAAAACCACAUUUUUUUCAGAAGUAUUUCCAAAAGCUCCUCCUACAUUUCUACUUAGCACAAAUGUCUCCGAAAAUUUCUCUAAAAUUAUAUCCCAGAGUUGCUGUAAGAUUCCUUCAGAAAUUCUUGAUAUUCUUGUAGUUACAUCUGAAUAUUGUUCUUGAGCUGUUCCAGAAAUUUCUUAUAACGUUGUUUCAGAGUUUUUUUUUACUAUUUCCAGAAGUUUCCCAUUAAGUUUCUUGAGUUUUAUUUUUGUAUGAAGUAUUGUUUUCCGGGAAUUUUAUGCUCAGCUUCUCCAGAAUGAAUUUUUCUAAGAGUUCCCUCAUUCUCCAAGAAAAGUCUUCUGAAGUUUUCCUCGAAAAUUGUUCAAAAGUUUCUCCUGAGUUUAGGAGAAACUUUAGGAAUCUUGCCUAAAUGGAAGAGGAGUUUCAUUUGGAUUUAGUUCCUGAAGUUUGAUGUAACUGAUCCAAGGAUUUCAUUAGAAAUUAAUUAAAAAGAAUCCUGGAGUUGCUAUUGCGUAGGUUAAAAAAAACUCUUCUAGGGAUGGUGGAAUUGUUACUAGAAUUUUCUUCUAGAAGAACAACAACAUCUUUUUCCCGGAACUGCUCCCACAGUUUUUGGGUGCUAUUUCAGAAAUAUCUCGUGUAAUUUUAACAGUAUAAUAUUAUUAUUAUUAUUAUUAUUUUUUUUUUUUUUUUAUCUGUAUUAACGAGAUUUUUAGCCCUAGGCUAGUUCAUCUCGGGACCCACGCUUUACUUCCCUUCCGAAGGAAGAACUCACAUUUUUUGCGAGUUUGUCGGGAGUGGGACUCGAUCCCAGGUCCUCGGCGUGAUAGUCAAGUGUUCUAACCAUCACACCAGGUCCGCUCCAGUAGUAUAUUAUUAAGUUUCCUCAUUGAUUUCUCUAAAAUCUUCUUCUCGCAUUUAUCUUGAAGUUGCUUUUGAAAACCUCCCGGAAGAAGAUGCCUCCCGGAAUUUCUUCCUCAAUUUCUUCUGAGGUUUCUCCUAAAACUUUCCUUCUGAAUCUAACUUGGGUUUUCAAGUUGAUUAUUGUUGCAAAUUGCAAAUUUUCUUAAAGUAUCAGUAGGCAUUUCUCCUCGUGCUUCUCCAAGGCUUUCGACUGCAGUUCAUCCAGAAAUUUCUUCUAGAACUGUUUAAAGGAUACUAGCAACAGUUGCUCCAAGAAUUUGGUUUCAGUGCAGUUGAUUCUGGGAAUAUAGCCGUAGUUUUUUUUUCUGAUUUUUUGUUAGAGUUACAAUAGAAAUUUCUACUUAAAUUUCUUCAAGAAUUCAAGAGUUGCAUAAGAUUUUUUCUAGGUGGCCAUAAGUUCGCUGAAGUUUCUUCAGAAACUUUUCAUUAGAUUUAUUUAUUCUUGUUUAAGUUCCUUCAGGAACCCGGUUGUCAAUAUUUCUAAAAGUUCCUCUAUACAUUUAGGAUAGAGUUACUUCAAAUUAAUUCCAUUAAUGUCUCCUAAAAUUUCUCCAUUACUGUAACUGAUGCUGGAAUAUGGUUCUAAGUUUCUUCAGGAGUUUUCCAUCAGCUCUACAAACUAUUUCUUCUGAUGUUGCACUACAAUUUUUUUUUUGGUUCUUCAGGAAUAUUUUCAGGAGUUGCUCCAAGAUAUUUUUCGAGUUUCUUUAGAUUUUUGUAACUACUUCAGCAUUUUCCCUGCAGUUACUCCAGAAAAUCCCCAUAAAGUUUUUCUUCCAUUUUUAUAGUUUUUGAAAUUAUAACUUUCAUAAAAUUGUUUGCAAUUCCUCAGAAAUUUUAUACUACAGUUUUUUCAGAAACGUCUAUUUAUAUUUUUUUCAGAUGUAACAUAUAGGUGUUUUCUCGUUGUCAGUCCAAAGCAAAGGCUUAAGGAAAGAAAAGCAGGGAAAUAUGAAGGAAAAGCUUGCUAAAUUUUUCGACAUUCUAUUGACUAAAACUAUUGCCGUACCCAAAAAAGUUAUGGCUAACCGCAUUUUGCGUUGAAACAGAACCCGGAAUGUUAUUCAAAUUUCUAAACCACGCAAAAGCGGUUAGUGAGCAACAGAAUCGCAAUUUCGAAAAACCCCACAACUAAUUCUUCAACCAAAGGAAGCGCAACACAAAACAUGAGUAAAACUCAUAACAUUUCAAACCCGGAACCAAAUUACCACACUUCCCGUAGCCAUAACAUUGGCAACAGCUCUAGCUAGGAUGUAGGUUGAGAACAUGUAGAAACAUUCUACCCACGUUUCCUUGCGUCGUCGGUAGUUGUUCGAAUGCGAUUCUACCGUUUUGCUUUGCAGUGGAGGAGGAUUAGACCACACGCAUUUUCAUAACAAACGGUAGAUCUACAGAGGGACCCGACUAGAUGGACAUUACAAAAUUAUAACAAGCUGUGUUAUUUUGUUACAAUGAAUUUUUAUAACAAGGGUUGAUAUAAAAUAUGUACCGUUAGUAGUUAAAAUAACAAAAAUUCUAACAAAGUUCCCACUGAAAAGAACAAAAAUGUGAUAACUCAUGUUAUGAUCAUAACAAAAAUAUUACAAAACUUGUUCCAUUAAAUAUGAUAGAAUUUAACAAAAUUAUAACAAAUUGUGUUAUAAUUCCUGUGACACCUAUUAGGGUAAAAACUAAUUUUUAUACUAAUUUUUUGGGUAAAUAUUAAUAAAUGUGUUAUUCUAUUUUUAGAAAGAAGAAAGUAACAUGAAAAAAUAAUUUCCAGAACGUUGUAAAAUUCUUGGAUCCGAACGGGAUUUGAACCAAGACACCUUCCAUCGGUAGAAAUCUGACGCCUCUGCCAAUGAGACCAACACGGCUCUUGAAGAGCGCGAUGAAAGAAGCUUUACUGGUUCUACGUAUUGCCAGUUUCCUCAUUCAAAUCCUUGUUUGUCAGACGCACACGAGCGGGGUAGUAUGACGUCAUAUGGAGCUCGUUGACGUAUAAUAGACUUGAUUUGUCGUUAGUGAUUUUGUUUUAAUCUAUCACAAUUAUAUGAUAUGCAGAUAUGAUAACAGCUGUAGAUAUAAUUUAGUUACAUUCCACAUUUUUUUAUAUUUUAAGCAAUGAAAAGGAAUCUAUCACACAAGGGGUAUAUCGUCACGUUUGGAGGAGGCAGGGAGGGUUGAAAAUUUCCAAUUUUAGCGUGACGUACUUAAUAGAUGCUACCUAAGGUCGAAGCAAAAUACAUAGGUAGAAUAAACAAAUUACAUGAUAUAAUUAUUUAGUUCCACUUUUGCUUUAUCCAUGUUCGAUAACAUUCACUACUUGGUAUACUUUUUGGCGAAAUUAGAACAGCAGUACUAACAUUGUAAUCGUUUGCUGUCUUUAUCUUGAGGGUUUUAUCGUCUAAAUUGCCUGAAACUUGUUCACGCAGUACCAACACGUACUCUAUGAAAGCAGCUGUUUUGUUGGUGAGGAUUCUUAUUCGAUUGGCACAUCAUCCGGGAACUAUUCCGGUUUUGGAUUAGAGUGCAAUAAAAGAACCCCAAAAAAAUAGAAACAGGAUAGCUGUGAAGUAUUUGAUUUCCAGCUAUGUUCCAGCUUACAGUUUGUAUUGAUAAUAAUGUUUACAUCCGACAAGCCAUGGUGAUAUCUUAACAGAUUUUUUCAUUACACCUUCUAGCUGUAAUGGUAUCGCAUAACGAUAGUAGCUUUGACAGUAGAAUUUGGCAGAUUAUAACUAAAUGAUAACAAGUUCUGUUGCAUUUUUUUUUUUUUUUUUGAAACAAAUAUGACGCCGUUCCCAAAUUACGCGUCGCUCAAGGGAGAGGGGAAAGUACAACCGAGCGUAACGGCCCAUACAGGACUUUCAUUCAAAAAAGGGUAACGCACAGUGUUUUAUUUUGCCAAUUUCGUGACAUGAAGAGUUGAAUGAUCAAUCCACCUAUAAGUGAGAUUAAAAACAUAUUUUUUUCAAAAAAUGCAGAUAGACGUUUGAUGUCUUCGGCAAAAUUGUGCAAAAUGCAAUUUUAAACAACUUUGUCAGAGACGUCAUAAUGCUAAAUCUCAUACUUUACGAGAUAUAUUGCGUUGUAUGUGCAUGACCCCUAGAAAUCAUAUAUUUUAUCAUAACUUUUUAACGGGAUUUUGUACAUUUUUUGCGUCUUCUACAAAGUUUUUUGGAAUGUGAAAAUACAUGUUUUGCUGAACAUCAAAAAACGCUAGUUUUUUACAUAACAAAGUUAUUUACAAAUUACUGAUUUUUUUAGGGUAACUUUGAUCUCAUCUAACUUCUUUCGGCGCAAAAUGGCGCAGAGUACCGUUUCAAAUAAUGAAACAAUUAUAUUUUUACUAUAUGAAAAUGGCUUUAACUUUUGUAUACAAGUACAUAAGUGACCCGAUUUUGUCAGCCCCUUUCCGGAACACAUUUUUUGCUCCCGUCGAAAAUCUAAACCGAUAUUCACACUUUUUAUCUCUGUAUGUUCUGCCUUUCAGCAGUAGUUUGAUGAUGAUCUUAAAUGAAUUGAUCAAAGUUUGACCGUUAGAUAGUGAGAGCAAAAAGUUCGUCGCAAAAUGGGGCUGACAAAAUCGGGUCCAUACUGUAUAUCCUUUAUGGGUUAUGGUAGAAAAACAAACAAUUAUCAAGUAUUGAAAUUAUUUAAUAUCUUCUUCAUUUAACGAGAUAGAAUGUCUUAAUGUUCAACAAAGAUGUGUAUUUUUAUAAGUUUAACAACUUUGCGGAACAUUCAAAUAAUGUAAAAAUUCUGAAUUAAAAGUUAUAGAAAAAAUAAAUUUCUGAGUGAUUU